AUUUUUAAACAAUGUUUUCGUAUGUUUCUUAGGUGAGGAAUUCAAAGAGUUAAGAUGGAUCUUAAACAUAUUUUUAAACAUAUGGCUAAAUCCAACCUUCUGCCCGUUGGAGACGGUUUUCUCCAACUCAAAUUCAACUUUCAACCUGCAGAUAAAGCAGUUACCAAACAGGAAUCUUUGUUGGAUCUCAUUCAUAUUGAUUUAUGUGAUAACAAAGAUAAAUUGACCAGAGGUGGUAAACAUUAUUCUAUAACAUUUAUUGAUGAUUUUUCUAACUUGAUAAUAGUCACAUGGGUGAUAACUUGCGUGAAAGUGCUUUUAACUAAAAAUGUGAAAACAAUGCUAGUCACAUGGGUCAUUUGCAUGAAAGUGUACCCAACCAAGAAUAUGAGAACAAAAAGGAGGAAGAACCAGAAUUGAGAAGAAGUAAAAGAAGAAGGAUAGAAAAGGAUCUUGGUCCUGGUAUGUUUACAUACUCUUAGGAAGAGGACCCAAGAACUUUUAGUGAAGCCAUGGCUUUACCAAAUGCUUCUUUAUGGAAGAAAGCCAUGGAUGAUGAGAUAAAAUCUAUUCAUGAUAAUAAUACAUGGAUUUUGGUUGAUCUUCCUCCUAAUACUAAACCUAUUGGCUGCAAGUGGGUCUUGAGAAAGAAAUUAAAUACAUAUGGUAGCAUUGAUAAAUAUAAAGCAAGAUUAGCAGCUAAAGGUUUUAGUCAAAAAAAAGGGUUGGAUUAUUUUGAGACAUUUUCACCAGUAACUAGAUUUGCUUCUAUUAGAAUUAUGUUUGCCAUUGCAUCCAUUUACAAUCUUGAGGUACAUCAAAUGGAUGUGAAGACAACAUUUUUGAAUGGAGAACUUGAUGAGGAAAUCUACAUUCAUUAACCCGACGGAUACAUAGUGCAAGGUCAAGAGGAUAAGGUAUGUAAACUUAACAAGUCUCUUUAUGGACUUAAGCAAGCACCUAGGCAAUGGUAUAAGAAAUUUAAAAAGGAGAUUAGGAAGUUUGGUUUUAAAUGUAGUAAAGUAGAAAGUUGUGUUUUUACCAAGGUUACUAGUAAUUAUAAAGUUCUCAUUACACU